AUGUGGAGAAAGUACUACAAAUCAUAUGGUUAUCAACCUCAAUGUAACCAGCGUACAACUUUGUAUCCUGGAGAAUUUAAUUCAGAGAACUUGUGUUAUUCAAAUACACCAGGAUCAAUUGUAAACAAUACUCCUCCUCCACCUUCAACUCCACCAGCGACUCUUCAUCAAUAUCCUCCUCGUAAUUCUCAGAAUAACCUUGAUUUAGCUACUCUUAAUUCAUAUUGUACUGAUCAAAUGCGUUUCUGUUCUCAACCACACGUUUAUUCUCGUAAUUCAUGUUCAUCGACAAUGAAUUCAGGUCGUCCUCGUUCUGUUGAAACAUUUUCAUAUGGCACUUCCCUCAGAAGAGAUGUUUCGUUUGAUCAGAGACAAUAUGUGCAUAAUUCUGUUAGGAAUAACAAUAAUACUACCGAAGUUGAUAACAGUAGUAAUAGUAGUAAUAUGAUAUUACAAAGAAAUUCUACUACUGACCGGUGUAAUUCAAACGAGAUAUGGUUUCAAAGUACAAAUAACAACAAUAACAACUACUGGUCACAUCCGUAUUUUACUGAACAAUCAUCUCUAACCAUGACAAAUGAUAAUCGUGAUUGGCUUGACAAAUCUUCGACAAAAUCGCUAUUAAAAAAGCCACCUUCAUCAACUCCUUCAUGUGUCCCAUCAAGAUUUGCAGGUGAAAUAAAUUACUAUCCAGAAUAUACAGAUUGCUAUCCACCGACUUCAAAUUCCUUUCAGAUCAGUCAACCACCAUCGUUAUCCUCAACAGGGAUGGAGGUAGUAGCAUCGAGGUCUACAACGUCAUCAGCAAAACCACAGUCUUUAUCAUCCUGGACAGAUGACCAUCCACAAUAUCCUCAUUCACAUCACUUCCAGAAUCCAUAUAUUCAGUCUACUUCAAUGAUACAUAAUACUAAUAAUAGUAUUAUGAAUAACAACUCAGUCGAAACAAAUCAUUCACUACAAACAAAUUCUCAAAUAAAUAGUAACAUCAACUUAAAUUAUUAUCACACAGCCUUUCAGCAUAACAUUAAAGAACCAGAAAGUAUGAAUAAUCAUAAUGCACCUUAUUAA